UAAUCAGCAGGUGGAAGAACAUGAGGAAAUACGGCUGGAACAGUUUCAAGGAUUUAAUUUUAAGAAAUCCUGCAGUUGUUGAUCAGCAGGACCCACAUGUGGAUGUGGAUGUGGGUGAUGAGAAUAAUGAACGUGGGAACUGGGCGAGCAAGAGGGAGUAUAUCCUCUCUACCAUCGGCUAUGCUGUUGGGCUUGGAAAUAUCUGGAGAUUUCCAUAUUUGGCCUAUAAGAAUGGAGGAGGUGCCUUUCUUAUUCCCUACUUUGUGAUGCUGGUGGUGACUGGAAUUCCUCUUUUCUUCUUGGAAAGCGCCUUUGGUCAGUUCUGCAGCCAAGGUCCGAUUAACAUAUGGAGGGCAGUGCCAAUCCUGCAGGGUGUUGGUGUUGCCAUGGUUUUGGUGACUCUAAUUGUAUCAAUUUACUACAACGUCAUCAUCGCCUACAGCCUGUACUACAUGUUCGCCUCCUUCCAGUCUCCUUUGCCCUGGUCCAGCUGUUUCAGCUUUUCUGACAGUAACUGCAGCAGCACGCCUGUAGUGCACUGCAAUGUGAGUGGUGUGUUAGUGGCCAACUGGACUCAGGAAAACAGCACGUGUCCUUUGACCAAUAUGUUCACAGUACCAGUGCAGAGCCCGAGUGAGCAGUACUGGGAUCGUGUGGCUCUGCAGAGAUCCAGCGGCUUGGAUGAAACAGGACCUGUAGUUUGGCACUUGGCCCUCUGUCUGCUGCUGAGCUCCUUGAUUGUUGCUGCAGCGCUCAUCAGAGGCAUCAAAUCCUCAGGAAAAGUUGUGUAUUUCACAGCUACAUUUCCUUAUGUGGUGAUUCUGAUCCUGCUGAUCAGAGGUGCAACACUAGAGGGAGCUAGAGAUGGGAUAGAGUUCUACAUCGGGUCAAUGUCUAAUUUGACUAAACUGACAGAAGCACAGGUCUGGAAAGAUGCAGCCACUCAGACCUUCUUCUCCCUCUCGAUUGGCUGGGGAGGAGUCAUGACUCUUGCUUCCUACAACAACUUCAACAACAAUAUGUUUAAAGAUGCAUUUAUUGUAACACUUACAAAUGCUGGUACCAGUGUGUUGGCAGGCUUCGCCAUAUUUUCUAUCCUGGGUCACAUGGCUCACAUCUACAACAUACCUGUUGGAAACGUUGUAAAAGAAGGAUUUGGCCUGGCAUUCAUUGCUUAUCCAGACGCCCUCUCCAAGCUUCCUGUUGCCCCUCUGUGGUCUUUUCUGUUCUUCUUCAUGCUUUUAACUGUUGGUCUGGACUCCCAGUUUGCAGGAAUAGAGGUGAUCACAACAUGCCUGCAUGAUGGCUUUCCUAAAAUCUUCAAAUCCAAACGUGCUUUGCUGACAAUAGCGACCUCUGCCAUCCUCUACCUGCUGGGUCUGCCAUGUGUCACAAGGGCAGGAAUAUACUGGGUGACUCUAAUUGACCACUUCGUUGCUUCCUGGGUGCUGCUUUUUGUGGCUCUCUUUGAGAUCAUUGGUGUUUCCUACAUUUACGGGGGGAAUCGUUUUAUCAAGGACAUUGAGAUGAUGAUUGGGAAUAAAAGUUUUGCAUUCUGGCUGUGGUGGAGAGCAUGUUGGUUCUUCAUCAGCCCCUGCGUCAUUGUGGUUAUCCUGGUCUGGUCUUUAUUAUCAAUCGUACCACACGAGUAUGAUGGAGUUCAGUCCCCGGUCUGGGGCUCGGCUCUGGGCUGGUGCAUGGCUCUAUUCAUCCUCUUCUGGAUUCCUGGCGUUGCUUUGUAUAAGCUCAUCAGAGCAGAGGGAGGCCCAUGGAAGCGUCUGAAAUCAUUGUGCUCUCCAGCUGAAGAAUGGCAUCCUUACCUGGACGUCCAUCGAGGGGAACGUUACUCAGAAGAACGCUGCCGCAACAGGAAGAGCCACGGGGACAAAACCAAAGUGAAUGUUAAUGUGAUCUCUAGCUCAUGGCUUUGAUGUAUGUCAUGGUGUGUUUAGUUGCCAGUCUUUCUCAUUUCAUUGAGCAGUGUAAUCUUGAAUAUUGAACACCUUGUACUGCAAGUUAAAGCUGGGGUUGGUAAUCAGAUUUAGAUACACUUUUUGCCAUACUGGUUAAAAUUAUUUUUAUGUCCUGAUGGCAAUCAAUACAUGGUG